AUGCCUAUACCUGAAGCUUGUUUUGGGAAAAAAAGAUCUAUAAAUAAAUUCAACUUAUUUUCGAAUAAAUUAUUGAUCACAGGAGAGUUUAGAGAGUGGGUGAAGUUAAAAACUAUGGUGAAGAAUGAAAUUUUAAAUAUUGAACUAAUAGAAGAUUUAAUUUAUUAUAAUUUCACCUAUGAAUUAAACUGGAAUAAGUCACUAUAUUUUGUUAGCAAUUUAAAUAAAUAUUCUAAAAGGCAAACAGAUGUAAAUAUGAUUGUUAGUGAAAUAUGUAUACGUUGCGAAAAAGAAGUUUAUGAUUGGAAACAUAUUUGGAUACGUAAAAUAAAUGAGUUGAGUGCAAUAGUGUCUCAUGAAGAACAGAUGCUAGAGAAAGAUCAAGCAGCAUUGGUGUGA